AUGGCUAGUUCCGAUCCGGAUCAGCGCCUGGAGCAUCUCCUCAGCGCCGUGGAGAUCGAGUUCCAGAAGGGCAGCGAGAAAGGAGACGCGUCUGAGAGGGACAUCAAACUGACUCUGGAGGACGCAGAUUUAUGGAACAAGUUCAAAGAGUUAACCAACGAGAUGAUCGUCACCAAAACCGGGAGGAGGAUGUUUCCGGUGCUCAGGGCAAGCGUCACCGGGCUGGACCCGAACGCUAUGUACUCGGUGCUGCUGGAUUUCGUGGCCGCAGACAACAACCGGUGGAAAUACGUCAACGGGGAGUGGGUCCCCGGUGGGAAACCGGAGCCGCAGAGCCCAAGCUGCGUCUACAUCCAUCCGGACUCCCCAAACUUCGGAGCGCACUGGAUGAAAGCGCCGGUUUCCUUCAGUAAAGUCAAACUCUCCAAUAAACUCAACGGUGGCGGACAGAUCAUGUUGAAUUCUUUGCACAAAUAUGAGCCGAGGAUCCACAUAGUGAAGGUGGGAGGGAUCCAGAAGAUGAUCAGCAGCCAGUCUUUUCCUGAAACACAGUUCAUUGCUGUCACAGCUUACCAGAACGAAGAGAUUACUGCUCUGAAGAUAAAGCACAAUCCCUUUGCUAAAGCCUUUCUCGAUGCCAAGGAAAGGAGUGACCACAAAGACGUCCCCGAUCACAGCGCAGACAGUCAGCAGUCUGGAUACUCUCAGCUAGGAGGUUGGUUCCUGCCAGGUCAGAGUCCCAUCUGUCCCAGCAGCAGUCCUCCUCAGUUCAGCGGGACAGCGGGACACUCCUCGGGCUCCUACUGUGAGCGCUACUCCAGUCUGAGGAGCCACAGGGCCGCCCCGUACCCCGGACACUACCAUCACCGAUCCUCCAGCACAAACAAUUACAUGGACAACACAUCGGGGGCGUUGCCGGCCCACGACAGCUGGUCCGCUCUCCAGAUCCCUAACUCAACUGGGAUGGGAACACUGUCCCACAGCACCAACUCCUCCUCUAACUCCAGUCAGUACCCCAGCCUGUGGUCUGUGGCCGGGACCACCCUUGCCCCUUCAGGCUCCGCCUCCAGCUCCAUCCCCGGCGGUUUGACCUCCCAGUUCCUGAGGGGCUCUUCCUUCACGGGCCUGACCUCCUCGCUGCCCGUCUCCUCGCCUUCGCCCAUGUACGACCCCAAUGUGAGUGAGGUCACGGUGGGGGAUGCCCAGUUUGAGAACUCCAUCGCUCGGCUGACCGCGUCCUGGACGCCUGUAGCUCAGAGCUACUGA